UCGUGCUGUUGUGUUGGCGCUCUCCGUGCGAUUUUCUGCUUGCGCUGCCGAGCUGUACGCAUUCGAAACGUUAAUUAUAAAUUCUUCUUUGCAGCGCGCAAUCAGUUCGAGACGAGAUAACAGACCAAAUAGAUUCAUCCUCGGUGUAACAACAGUUAUAUUUACGGUGCGACACACAACGCUAAGGUUCAUUUUAUACACACACAUAUAUAUAUACAUACUUAUGUGCAUGUUUAUGUGGGUAUUUAAAUAAAUGCAUGUAGUAUAUAUCUUUCCAAACCACAAAUAAAGAAUUACAUAAGAAAAGUGCACUUUUAAGUUAAAGUGUGACAGUUUAAAUCGUAGAAAAGUGUUCAAACAUAAAUUAAUAUUAAACAAAAAAGAAAUUGUGUAUUGAAAAAUUUUCAACAAGCAAAAGAUACACACACAAUUCACGAAGACAGCGCGUAGAGAGAGAGAGCGUUAACGAGACGCAGGCGGUUGGAAAGCUUGCUGUACUGCUACUGUUAGAAAGACAGUAACAUACGUUACAUACAUACAUAUGUACGUACAAACACCCAAGACAAUCUAUAUAGUUCACAGUGCAACGCAUUCCUUUGCUUUCCGUUACACUCAUUCAAGUAUCUCGGCAUUUCACCACACUCCAACAUAUAAUACUUGCCUAACGCAAUCCAACCCACCGCACAACCCUAAAAAGUCUCUAACAACGGAAGUAGAACACACACGCAUCACACGCACACACAUUCAUACGUACGCCAGUCAUCCGGUGAAAACAAAAUAAAUACAUACAAGUACCGAGCGUACAGGAGUGACCGACAAUAUGGCGGAUAUUUUGGAGAAAAGCUCCUCUGUGGCACUGGAAGCUGCGGUUGUCAGCAAUGGUACAGCGGCUGUAGCAGAGGCCGCCGCAACUGCUGCCACAACAGCAGAACCAUACACAGCUGUGGCAGCAGGAAUACCGGCACAGUUGAUUGAGAUGACAACAAAAACAACAACAAUAAAUAGCAAUGACUCACACUCGCUGUUAAUGAAGGAGCAACAGCAUCAACAGGAGCAACUGUAUCAACAACAGCAGCAGCAGCAGCAGCAGCCAUCGGCCGCUGUAGCAGGAUUACCAAUAACAGCAGCUGUACCGGCAGUAGCAGCAGCAGUAACAGCAGCAUCGGUGGCGUCAGCAGUGAAUGUUAAACAGGCGCAACCUGAACAGAAAGAAGGUGACAAUGACAGUGGCGUUGAUGAAUCAACUCAGGAGAAGGAACGCAACGGACCAAUUUCGCCCAGCUCUCCGGCUAAGACACCAACUUCUACCACUUCAAAGGGCGAGAAAACAGGCGCUUCUCGUCCACCUAGCGCCACACCAUCAAAUAAAUCGUCCAAAUCACGCUCGACAUCACGAAAUCGUUUGCUACUAAAAACUCCCGAACCGGAGACGGUAAAGAAAGUACCAAUGAAUAAAAUACAAGUCGGUCAUGCACCUUCACCCAAUCUCAAAGCAGUGCGCUCCAAAAUCGGUUCACUGGAUAAUGCUGGAUACAAGCCGGGCGGUGGUCAUGUGAAAAUCGAGAGUAAGAAAAUCGAAAUAAAAGCCGCACCAAGAAUUGAGGCGAAAAAUGACAAGUAUACGCCAAAGGGCGGCGAGAAGAAGAUAAUUUCGACAAAACUACAAUGGAAUGCCAAAUCGAAAAUUGGCUCUUUGGAGAAUGCCAAUCAUAAGCCCGGCGGUGGUGAUAAGAAGAUUGAAACGAUUAAGACGGAUUUCAAAGAUAAGGCUAAACCGAAAGUCGGUUCAAAGGAUAAUGUUAAACAUGCUCCGGGUGGUGGUGAUAUUAAGGUAAGGUGUGCGCCAAAAAAAACACACACAUACACACAAAAUUUAUAUAUGAAAAAAAAAAUGUUUAAAUCUCAAUCACAGUACAGUCAGGCGAAAAAAUGCAUAAGUAAAAUUGUAAUGAUUUGGAAGCAUGUUUAAAUUAUACAUUUUUAUAUAUAUAUAUUCGUAUUGAACUGGAAUGCUAUUUACAUAUAUCGCUCUGUAUAUACUGACUUACUUAAGUAUGUAUGUUUAUUCGUGUUUUAUACUCAAGCCAACAUUUCUUCCGUAUUGAAGCAUAAUGUUUUGAAAUUUGCAUGCCCAAGGUGAAUUGGCGCUGUAUUGAAAUGUGUUUGCAUUUUGUUAAAUAACUUCAACUUAACUGAGCUUUCGCUUAGCUAUUAGUUUUGGUCGUUCUUAAGGAUUGCGAGUAUGCGAUUUUGUUUUAAAUUGUUUGAAAAAAAAAA